AUGGUCACCCGCGCCCAGGUCCAACACUCCAACGCCGCCCUCACAUCCCGAACCGCGCCCCGAACGGCCGUCUUCCUAGGCGGCACGUCAGGCCUCGGCAAGCUCACCCUCAUCGAGCUGGUAUCCCUCGGCUUUCCCAUACGGGUCUACAUCGCCGGCCGCAAAGCCACGGAGCCGGCGAUGAGACCCGUGCUCGAGGACCUGCGGCAGAAGAACCCGCGGGCCGAGCUGGUUUGGGUCGAGGCCGAGGUCUCGUUACUCGCGGAGACGAGAAGGGUUUAUACUGCGGAAGGGAUAGAUGUCUGCCAUUCCCUGGAGUACUACUCCCGCAUGCUCGCAACCCUCCACCUCCUCCCCCUCCUCCGCGCCUCCGCCUCCGCCUCCGCAUCCUUAUCCUCCCCCGGCCCAAGCCCCUCCCCGCGCGUCCUCACCGUCCUGGCGGGAAGCAUGCUCUCCACCCGCAUCGACGCAACAGACCUCAACCUCACCCGCUCGUCCCCCAGCAACACCAGCAGCAGCAGACUCUUCGGCUUCAAGGCGCAGACGCACAUGUCGAUCAUGAACACCCUCUUCCUAGACAGGCUCGCCUCCGACCCGGCCAACGCGGGGGUGUCUUUCGUGCAUAAUUGGCCUGGCGCCGUGGACACGGGGAACAUGGCGCGGUAUCACGCGCCGACGUGGUGGAGUCCGUUCCCGCUGACGAACUUGCUGAGGCCGUUGUUUUUGGUGAUGGGGUUCGAGGAGAGGGAGGCGGGGGAGAGGCAUGUUUAUUUGGCGACGUGUGGGCGGUUUGGUGGGAAACCGAAAGGGGAAGAGGAGGGGGAUGGGAAGGAGAAGGGAUGUAAGAACACGAGGGGGGAGGAGGCGGAGGAAACGGCGGUGCCGGCAUCUUCGGAGGAACGGGCGCGGGAGAAGGAUCUCAAGAGGAGGAAUCUGGCCGGCGGCGGUGGGAUCGAGGCUUACGGGACCGGGGUAGUAGGAGGCGGAGGAGGCAGCGGGGAAAAGAUCAUCACACUCGACGUCGGCACCCUCUCCACCGGCCGGAAACGGAGCCGGAGCCGGAACCGACGCGGUCGAGCUUUUGAGCACGGUUCGGAGUGGGAGUUUGAGCGGGGGAGUCACUUGCUGUACCUCGCGAGUCCGGUUCUUACAUUUGCUGCGCUGACUAUCAUGAUUUUACUAGCAGACUGGUGGGGUCUCGCAUCGAUCCUAGCACUCAUCACAUCCCGCCUCUUAAACAUCUACAUUAUCAAACAACGCACCCCUCCCCCCCCUCCUCCUCCUCCUCCGCCGCCGCCGGCCACUGCGUUCUUCGCUAGCAAUGGCAACGGCAACGGCGGCAUAGCCAUAUCGUCUUUACCACCAAAACUCACAGAGUACCUCAUCCCCCUAACCCCCUCCCUCAAAAUUCGCAUGCGCGGCCCAGCAGACGACCUCGCCGCCCUGACGACAGACGCCUGGCUCCUCGCAAAGACGGCCGUGCAGGGCUACCUCGAGGCGACGGCCAAGCUGGCCGUGUACGUCGUCGCCAUCUUCAGCGGCAACGUCUCGCAGGCGGGGAAUCUGGUGCUGCUUGUGCUCUUGCUGGGGAGCGCGGGCUUGUUGGGGCUGAGUAACGGGUGUAUGAAGGGGGUGAGGGGAAAGGGGCGCGUGGCGAGGGUGUGGCAUGGUGAUGAUGCUGAUGGGCCUGGUGGUGGACGUGGUGAUGGAGCGGGAAGUGGGGGGCGGGCUGGGAGGGGGGAGAUGGGGAGGACGACCAGGCCACGCGGCGGGUGGAAGGGAGAUAAGGAGGAGGGGGAUGGGAUUGGCGAUCCGGAUUGGGAUUCACAGGUCGGUAGGGUUGUGAGGGAUCCCUAUCCUUUUGAAGGGAGUGUUGAGUAUUCAUAG